AUGUAUCUGAAGAGUUGCUGCGCGUUAUUCCUGCUGGCGCUCGUCGCCUGUCAGGCUGCACCUUCAUCUCAGGCAAUUGAGAAAUCAAUUAACGAGGCAGAAACGAUGCUCACUAAGAGCAACAUAGAACUAGAGGGUACUGGUGCGGAAAAAGAUAGGGCGAAGAAAUCGGCAACGACCUUCUGCGUAGAAGUUCGCUCGGGAAAGACAGAAAAGGUGCCAUGCAAGGAGAUAAGGCAACAAGAGACAUCCAAACCAGUAGUUAUAGUGCAACCUAUAUCGAUACCAGCACCAGCACCAGUACCAGUACCAGCACCAGCACCUACAAUUAUCGAGUGUCCUAAACAGCCGAUUGUGAUCCAGCAACAGCAACCACCGCGACCGGUCCCUCAUCUCAUACCACCACCUGUUCCAAUAAAAUCACCGCCAACUCCAAUUUCCGUACCUUGUGACAAACCAAUUGUACAGCCGACACAGCCACAAAUUCACACAAUCCACUCAUGUGUCAUUCCGACACAACAACCAUCUCAUAAACCACAGGAUCCACAGCAAUCGAUUGUUCAGGUACCCACAGUCUGCAAAAAAUGCAAUAAACCAAUACCUAAGUUUCCACCAGGUGAUGCCUUCGCUUAUCCUACCGAUAUCUUUUCGCCAUUUGAACAAAGAACUGAUUGUGAGGUAGGUCCAUACGAGUGCAACUGCCGACCAGAGAACCGCAUUGUUGAGAUAACACCCUAUAAAAUCAAGGAUUCUCGCAUGGUAAAUCCUGAUGGCGCAACUUUUGGUUCCCCAGAUACCGUACCUUUUAACUCUAUACCCCAUAGAUCCUCGAUGAUCUCUACGGAAUACGAUCCUAGUAUUUCUAACAUCAUGUUGGAUCAAUCCAUGUUCCUUGAUUCAAAAGGAGUUAGAAAGGCGGAGGAAAGGACGCAUCAUAAACAAAAACAUUAUCUCCCUGUAAACUUUAACGUACAAUUCCCUAUUGCAUAUGGAACCGGCAAUACUCCUUAUCAACCUCAGUAUUAUCCUUCAUACCCUUCGUAUCCUAGUCCAAAUUCUUACAUCUACCCAAGUUCUUAUGGAAGCUAUGAAACCUAUGGAACUUCUUAUCCAAUAAACUACGACUCUUUAGCUUCAUCAAAUAAUGUACCAGCAGUGACUGUAAAUGCAGGAGGACCAUUUUAUAAUCGCGAAUCUCAACACUCUGACUCAUCGUCUCGAUCGAAUAACGAAGCGCAACCAAGAGCGUUUUCGACUGAUAUUCAAUCAAACCACGAGCAGAAAGAAAUUACACAGACCAACAAGGAAAGCGUCAUCAAGGAAGCAAUUCCUGAACCCAACGUAAUUACAAUGAAGUAAAAAGAGAAAAACAG